GUGUAGAUGUUGCCUCAAGCGGACCUCAAGUCAGAGGCUGCGGGAAAGUAAGAGUUAGCUAGUUGGUUAUUAAAGGUUGAGGGUUAACGGUUAGCGGCUUGGUGUUCUUCAGACGGACCCCAGGGCUGUUUUUGAGGUUGGCUCUUUACAAGAUGGCACCGACUAAUGCCAUUAAAUAUUCUUCAGAAGAAAAAUGCCGAUGUCCAUUAGAGUCCGAACUGCGAGCAGUGCUGCAGCAAAGAAUCAUGGUCCUAGACGGUGGUAUGGGAACCAUGAUCCAGCAGCAUAAACUUGAAGAGAAAGACUUCAGGGGGGAUGAGUUUAAAGAGCACCCUCUUUCGCUGCAGGGCAACAACGACCUUCUCAGUAUCACCCAGCCCAAUAUCAUUUACUCAAUACAUAAGGACUACCUCCUGGCUGGUGCUGACAUUGUGGAGACCAACACGUUUAGCAGCACCUCUGUCGCCCAGGCGGACUAUGGCCUGGAACACAUGGCUUAUCGUCUCAACAAGGCAUCUGCAGAGCUGGCGAGGAAGGCAGCCGACGAUGUCACCAAACAAACUGGUUGUAAGCGUUAUGUGGCCGGGGCAGUUGGUCCAACCAAUAAGACCCUGUCUGUAUCCCCGUCUGUGGAGAGACCUGACUUCAGGAACAUCACAUUUGAUGAGCUCGUAGAAUCCUACACAGAGCAGGUCCGAGGUUUAUUAGAUGGAGGAGCAGACCUCCUUCUGGUUGAAACCAUCUUUGAUACUGCCAACGCUAAGGCUGCCUUGUUUGCCAUCGACCUGCUGUUUGAGAAGAGCUACGAAAGGAAACCUAUAUUUAUCUCAGGGACCAUUGUUGACCGGAGUGGACGUACUCUAUCUGGUCAGACAGGAGAAGCCUUUGUACUGAGUGUAGCCCACAUGAAGCCUCUAUGCAUUGGUCUGAACUGUGCCUUGGGGGCGACAGAGAUGAGGCCGUUUAUUGAGGCCAUAGGAAAAAGCACCACAGCUUUCAUCAUCUGUUAUCCCAAUGCAGGUCUUCCAAACACAUUCGGAGGGUAUGACGAAACCCCACAAGUAACAGCCUUCAAUUUAAAGGAGUUUGCUAUGGAUGGACUAGUGAAUAUUGUGGGAGGCUGUUGCGGCACCACUCCCGGACACAUCAGGGCCAUAUCUGAAGCAGUCAAACACUGUCAGCCCAGAGUUCCUGAAGCUGAUAUUUAUCAAGACUAUAUGCUGCUGUCAGGUUUAGAGCCAUUCAGGAUUGGCCCUUACACCAACUUUGUUAACAUUGGCGAACGCUGCAAUGUGGCUGGGUCACGCAAGUUUGCCAAAUUGAUCAUGGCAGGAAACUAUGAGGAGGCUCUAAGCAUUGCUAAGGCCCAGGUGGAGAUGGGAGCCCAGGUCCUGGAUAUAAACAUGGAUGAGGGGAUGCUUGAGGGGCCAGCAGCUAUGACCCGAUUUUGUAACUUAAUUUCUUCUGAGCCAGACAUUGCACGGGUUCCACUGUGCAUCGACUCCUCGAACUUCUCAGUGAUUGAGGCUGGGUUGAAAUGCUGUCAGGGGAAGUGUAUAGUCAACAGUAUCAGCCUGAAGGAAGGAGAGGAGGAGUUCCUGCACAGGGCUGCCACUGUGAAGCGCUACGGAGCUGCUGUGGUGGUCAUGGCCUUUGAUGAGGAGGGUCAGGCGACAGAUACAGAACGCAAAGUGGAGAUCUGCACUCGAGCCUACAAGCUGCUAGUUGGCAAAGUGGGAUUUGACCCCAACGACAUCAUCUUUGACCCCAACAUCCUCACCAUCGGUACCGGCAUGGAGGAACACAAUGACUACGCCAUCUACUUCAUCAGAGCCACCAAACUCAUCAAGGAGACAUUACCAGGAGCCAGGGUGAGCGGAGGUCUGUCCAACCUGUCCUUCUCCUUCAGAGGGAUGGAGGCCAUCAGAGAAGCUAUGCAUGGAGCAUUUCUCUACCACGCUAUCAAGGAUGGUAUGGAUAUGGGGAUAGUGAACGCUGGGAACCUGCCGGUCUAUGACGACAUAGAUAAAGAGCUGCUGUUACUGUGUGAAAAUCUCAUCUGGAACAGAGACGCGGAGGCCACUGAGAAACUACUGGCCUACGCACAGAAUAAUGUGAAAGGAGCGAAGAAAGUGGUUCAGACGGACGAAUGGAGAGAAGGAAACGUGGAGGAAAGGUUGGAGUACGCUCUCAUUAAGGGAAUAGAGAAGUAUGUGGUGGAGGAUGUGGAGGAGUGUCAGGCUCUGGUUGACCGCUACACUCGGCCCCUUCACAUCAUCGAGGGCCCCCUGAUGAACGGCAUGAAGGUGGUGGGGGAUCUCUUUGGGGCUGGGAAGAUGUUCCUUCCACAGGUGAUCAAGUCGGCUCGUGUUAUGAAGAAAGCGGUGGGCCAUCUGAUUCCUUUCAUGGAGAAGGAGAGGGAGGAGAUGAGGGCAUUAUCGGGGUCAACUGAAGAAACGAGUCCAUUUCGGGCCACCAUCCUUCUGGCUACAGUGAAGGGAGAUGUCCAUGAUAUUGGCAAGAACAUCGUAGGUGUGGUGCUGGGUUGCAACAACUUCAGAGUGAUCGACAUGGGUGUGAUGGUUCCCUGUGAUCAGAUCCUCAGAGAGGCCGUCAAACAGAAAGCAGAUAUUAUUGGUUUGUCGGGUCUCAUCACUCCCUCUUUGGAUGAGAUGAUCUAUGUGGCCAAAGAGAUGGAGAGACUGGGAAUGACAACGCCACUGCUGAUUGGAGGAGCCACCACAUCAAAGACACAUACAGCAGUGAAGAUCUCCCCACGCUACAGUUGUCCUGCUGUCCAUGUUCUGGACGCCUCCAGGAGUGUGGUGGUGUGCACACAGCUCCUGGAUGAGGAAUUGAGGGAGGAGUACUUUGAGGACCUGAAAGAGGAGUAUGAGGAGAUCAGGCAGGAUCACUACGACUCCUUGAAGGAGCGCCGGUAUCUGUCUCUUUCCCAGGCCAGAGGGAAGGCUCUACAUAUAGAUUGGCUCUCUGAGCCCAAACCAGUGUGUCCUCAGUUCCUGGGCACCCGCGUGUUUGAGUGCUACGACCUGAACAGUCUACUGGACUACAUUGACUGGAAGCCUUUCUUCGAUGUGUGGCAGCUGAGAGGAAAAUACCCCAACAGAGGUUACCCUAAGAUCUUCAACGACCAGACUGUUGGUGCGGAGGCCCGGCGAGUCUUUGAUGAGGCCCAGCGGCUGCUCAACAAGAUGAUUGACAGCGGUAGUCUUAAGGGGCGGGGCCUGGUGGGGUUCUGGCCUGCACAGAGUGACGGCGAUGACAUCAGUGUGUACAAAGAUGAAGUCUCAGUACACAGGGACAUGAAGCCCAUCGCUACGUUUCAUGGCUUAAGACAACAGGCGGAGAAGGACAGCUCCAGUUCAGAACCCUACCUGUGUGUGUCUGACUUUGUUGCCCCUGUAGACAGUGAUGUGCCAGACUAUAUCGGCUUGUUUGCUGUGGGGGUGUUUGGAGCUGAGGCGCUGAGUCAGCAGUUCCAGGAUGACGGAGACGACUACAGCAGCAUCAUGGUCAAAGCCCUGGCUGACCGACUGGCUGAGGCCUUCGCUGAGGAGCUCCAUGUUCGUGUGCGUAAGGAGCUGUGGGGCUACAGCACCGACGAGGCUCUGCAGGCCUCGGACCUCCACAGAAUCCGAUACCAGGGCAUCAGGCCUGCAGCUGGCUACCCCAGCCAGCCUGACCACACAGAGAAGACCACCAUGUGGAGCCUUGCUGGGAUCCAGGAGAAGACUGGAAUUUGUCUGACAGAGUCCCUGGCCAUGACGCCUGCUGCCUCCGUGUCUGGACUUUACUUCUCCAACCCUCAGGCCUCAUACUUCGCUGUGGGAAAGAUCACCAAGGAGCAGGUGGAGGACUAUGCCCGGAGGAAAGAGAUGUGUGUGGAGGAGGUGGAGCGAUGGCUGGCUCCCAUACUGGGCUAUGACACCGAGGCGUAGAGUGUGACCACCCCGGUACUAAACUGGACCACCUGAGGGAUCAGAGCAGGGCGCAGUACUGCCACAGAAUCAGGUUUACAGUCCGACCAUUUCUCUGUAGCUCACACAGGUUCUUACUGAGCCUGCUCACACAGGGAUUCCGUGAAAUUACAUAGUAUAUCACGCUAGCUCUUACCAUUUCUCUCAACAUUUCUACUGGACAUUUCAGAACAGUAAAACUGUUUUUUUCUUUCUUUUUAGCUCUCUGUGCCAAAGGUUUAUGACAGACUUUUAAACACUACAGUCCCACACACAUUGUAUGUUAUGAAUGAUCUCUUAAAUGAAUGCCAAGUUUCUAUCAGGUCUAAAAAUGGAGUAAAAUACUACUGAAGUUACAUGACCGUCACAUGUGUCUUCAGUAGUGCUUUGAUCCCGAUUAUUUAGCUCAAUAUUGAGAUAAUUAUUAUUUCAGCACUUAUACCUGGGCUGAGUAUCUGUGAAAGUCAGUCUAAGUCAUGGGCCAACAUGAUUACUGGCUUAGUUUUUGCCUAUUAUUAAAACAGUUUUUAAAAGAUUCAUGUCUCCUUUUACUAAAAGGGGUAAUACAUCUGUGUUUAUGGUUAGUUUAUCUUAAAGGAAUAGUUCAGCAUUUUAGAAAACGUGCUGGUUUCCUGUCUUUCCAAGUGUGAAACGAGAAGAUUAAUAUCGGUCUCAUGUCUGUGUGUUAGUACGGAGCUUGAGUCAGGACGUGGCUAGCAUAGCUUAGCAUAAAGACUAGAAAUAGGUGAAAACAGCUAACCUGGUUCAGCGAAAGAAAACAAUGUGCAUAAGCCUCGGCCCGAAGCCGCUGCGCUGUUUUGAUGUGGUGCUGCAGGGAGAAACCUCUCUCUGCUGGCACACUGGAGACGGGUUUUACGCAUGCUACCUCUGCCAGUUUGACCCUGCUGCUGCUGACUUGUCUUCGCUGGCAACUUCUUGGCUUUAUUUGCGUUAGCCCGGCCGCUGCUUGGUGUUAUGACGUAAUUCACACUAUUUCCCUGUUUGGCCAGGACUUGGGCUUUGACUUCCGCUUGCUUGUCGCCAUUUUUUUGUAAAUCUACGCCAGUCUUCUACAUUCAAUCAGAGCGAGAAUAUGCAAAUGCUACAGUCUAGUCAUUUCUUAAUGAAAGAAUUAGUGCUUUAAUGCUUUAAUUGACUGUCCAUCUCUGGGGCUGUCAACGCUGUGUCUCAGCCAAAAAGUGGAGGGACCGAGCAGUGGCCGCCGGCUAAUGUUACUUAGCUAGCUAUCCAUGUGGACAGAUUGGUAAACUGUACAGACAGUAGAGUUUCUUAUUUUCUCUCUCUGAGCUUCAGGACAAUGACAACAAGAGGGAGUUAAACCACCUUUUAACACUUUUUCACGUUGAUCUUGAGUUGUUCCUCACAAUGGGUUUAUCCUUUCUUUUAAUCCUUUCUCUUCUCCCAGUCUUUGUUCUAUUUCUUCCCGUAUUUCGCCCACUUUAUCCCAGACAUUUAUUCUUUCAAAAACUCUCCUACAGUCCAGUCACCAUCAGUCGCUACACGUGCAUUUUCCUAACCAGAAAAAAAACAGACUGCCCUGCUCUGCCUCUGAUUGGCUAGUAACUUGUUGGCCUCUGGGUCAGAGCCAAUUAGAAGCAGGAAAGGGGGCAGGGAAAAACUCUGCAGUCUCCAUUGUGCAUGGGGAAUAGGGGCGGGAGGCAACGGGCAAGACAAACUCUUACGUUUAAAUAACAUGUAGAAAAUAUCUGCUUGACGACUUAUUACAUUACAUACAUAUUACAUUAUUAUGGAGCUGGGAACAAGCCCAAAUAAGCAACUACACUUUAGUAACAAGCACAAAAAAACUGCAACCCGCAACUACCUAUAUUUGUAAGCAACUUUACAGAAAAACAUGCCCAAAGUCGCAUAUAAUAAGCGGACUUGGCAACACUGGGGGAGACCUGGCAUAACCCGGUAAUUUAGGUUACUGCUGUGCAUGUCGCCGCACUGAAUGAUACCAAACUUGGCAACCUUACAAACAAAUACGAAGUCCCUGCACCUGCCUUUAACUUUGUAUUUUAUAGUGAGCUUUGUACCGAACCAGGCUAGCUGUUCCCUCUGCUUCCACUCUUUAUGGUAAGCUAGGCUAAAAACGUCCUGACUGUGUACUUUAACACACUGACAUGAGAUUGAUAUCAAUCUUUCCAUCUCAUUCUUACAAAUAAAGUGAAUACAUAUAUGUUGACAUGUUCCUUCAAUGCAAACAGCUUUAGAAGAACUUUGCUUCAGUUUUAUUUUUCUUUAUUAAAUUUUCUUUUGGCCCUGGGACGCGUCUCAGUGUGUUGUUUGUGGUUUGUUUGUCACGGUUUGGGCUUCUUAAAUAUCUAAAAAUAGUUUUAAAAAAUGUAAUCACCCAAAAAAACUUUGCUUUAGGAAAAAUAAAACAAAUGAUUAUCAUUAAAAUCAGAAAAUAUCUGAUAAAAGAAUCAGAAAUAAACCCUAAUAAAUCUAUUCCUACAUAAGUGACAAAUGUCAAUACAUGACAGUUUUAAAUUACACUUUUUAGUAAUUGGUGGUACAGACUAAUUCAUUUGUGCGCAAAAUGUAUUGACGUAAACAGUCAAAAUGUAUUUAGUUUUUUUCUUCUAAAAAUAAUUUGUAUUGCUUUUUGUGUAAAGGUUUGGACAUCAGUACCUUUUGCAUGAAGGCUGGAGUGCACACGUUGAAUAGUUAACCCAUUUUCAGUGGC